AUGAAACUCAUCAUCAAUAGUAUUGUGGCAUUGCUCACUUUGUUGUUUGUCUUUGCCAGACAAAGUAUUGCAGAAUCGUCGGAAUCUGGCGAAUCAUCGGAAUUGGCUGAGUUGCCUGAAGUGACACAUAAAGUGUAUUUCGAUAUAGUUGAAGGAGAAGGAAAAGAUGCAGAAAAGCUCGGAAGAAUUGUUUUCGGAUUAUUUGGAGGAGUUGUUCCGAAGACAGUUGAGAACUUCUACCAAUUGUGUGUUUCUGAAGACGGUGACUUGAGUUAUAAAGGUUCGAAGUUUCACCGAGUGAUCAAAAACUUUAUGAUUCAAGGUGGAGAUUUUACCAAAGGAGAUGGAACCGGUGGAAAAUCUAUUUAUGGAAACAAGUUCCCGGACGAGAACUUUAAAGUGAAGUUGGACCGGUCUGGUUUAUUGGCUAUGGCCAAUGCUGGUCCUGAUUCCAACGGAUCACAAUUUUUCAUUACCACUGUUCCAACUGCUUGGCUUACAGGAAGACAUGUUGGAUUUGGAAGGGUUUUAGAGGGUUAUGAUAUUGUUGAAAAGAUUGAGAAUAGUAAGACUGGAUUUAUGGACAAGCCCAAGAAGCCUGUUAUUAUUGCCGAUUGUGGAGCCAUUGAGGAAGAGGUUCCCUCUAAGGAUGAAUUAUAG